CCACUUACAAUAUAAUAUAAUAGCCGCCCACAAAAGGUGAUUGACACACGCAAUCAAAUGACGAAGGCAGACCUUGUUCUUUUCUUGGCCAACUUUCUUUAUUUUUUUCCUUUUGGCCGAAGAAAGCGGACGAUUCAUGCAAGGCCCUCGGCUCCGCUCGUUCUUUCGGCGACGACACCGUUUCUUCGCUUCAGCUUUCCAAUCGUUCAAGCUGAACCGCUCGAGACCACUGUCCGCGAAAACAAAGUACAGGUCUUGUCGCACACAGGCCUCGUUUGGAGCCGGGUGCAAGUCACAUUUAGAACAGAAACCCAAAGAGACGUUCAUGCGCAUGAUUGUAUAGAACAUUGAUCGUCGACCUGCAGAGCGCAUGCGUGUGGCUGCCUUUCAUGUGACAUUUGUGCGGGAGCAACACU